AGUUUCGAUCCGUCGACGAUUGGCUGGACCGGCGAUGGUUUCAAGGUCAAGCCUUGGGGGGUGAAGGUCGUGUUCGUGCACGCACCAUUCCUCACCGAAGCCGACCCGAUGGACCCGUUGAAGCGAUCUGUGAAAGACGGAUGGAAGGUGCACGUGGACAGAAUCAACCAUAAGCUAACAGAAACACUUAAAGGGCUGCGAUCGGUCAUUCUCGUGGCGGGCAAUUACUAUGCUGAAUCCUCCAACCGCACCUACUACAGCAAGGGCCGUGUGAUUUCAUCUCAGCCCAGCGGCAUCGCGGCACUGAACAUCGUGCUGCGCAACAUCGCAGAUUACAUCAAGUCCAACGUCAUGCUGGUGCAACCCUACGCGCUCUCCAUCCCGCCCGCGCACAUGCCUAACAUGUUUCAAUACGCUGACACGACCUGCGCGCUUUUCGCCGGCCCCCUAUCGAGCACGGCGACCGAUUUAGCCAAGGCUCGGAGCAGCGUUGUCGCGUGGACCAACGCGCAAAUCAGCGCACUAGCAAAUUCUCGUGUGAAGCUGCUGAACAUCCUGUCGCUGUCGCUCUAUAGGGCGGAUGCACACGUGGGGACGUACCGACCGGCGGGAGGGUCGACGGAAAUGGAUUGUGCUAAGUGGAUGAGCGGAAACCAUGCUAACGUGGAGACGAAAGAGGAUGAUAAGAGGGAGGCGGUGAAAGGCGAUAAGGGGGAGACGGUGAAAGGCGAUAAAGAGGGGACGGUGAAAGGCGAUAAGGGGGAGGCGGUGAAAGGCGAUAAGGGGGAGGCGGUGAAAGGUGUUAAAGGGGAGACAGUGAAAGAUGAUAAAAGGGAGACGGGGAAAGGUGAUACGGUGGAGAGAGAGAACAAGGAUGCAAAGGGAAUGAUCCCCAAGGAAGGGGGGAGAGGCGAAGAAGGAAAGGAGGGAGGGAAGCAAGGGAUGGAUGCGAAGGUGAUUGAUAUGGUUGGACUGGGAAAGACAACGAGCGAAGGCGCAAGGAAGGAGAAAGAGACGGGCGAAAAGAAGGGGAAAGGAGGGGAGGAUGAGGGGAAGGAGCGAAGGGAUUCGAAGGAAGGGAAGGAGGAGAAGAAGAGGGAGGAGCGAGUGAAAGGAGGGGAGGAGGAGAAGGGGGGAAAGGAUACGAAGGGAAAUGGGAAGGAGCGGGAGGAGGAUAGACGGAAAGGGAAGGGGGAGAAGGAGAAAGGGGACAAGAUGGAGGUGGGGGAUGAGAACGCGGGAAAGGACGGAAAUGUGAAGAAAGAGAAGAAGGAGACGCGGGAAGAGGGGAAAGGAGCGGGAGGGAAGGAGGAUCUGCCGAAGGAAGGAAGAGAGACGAAGUCCAAGAGUAAGGUGGGGGAUGAGAAAAGAAAGGGGCAGGAGGAAGAAGGGGGAGAGAAGAAAGAGAAGGGACAGAAGGAAGAGGAGAGGGAAAAGGAGGAGGCGAAUCGUGGUGAAGUGAAGGGGGAGGGGAAACAGAAGGUGGGGAAUGAAGAGGAGAGGAAAGAGGCGAACGAGAGAAAAGAGGAGAAUGAGACAAAAGAGGAAGAGGAGGGAGAGAUUGCUUCUGACGAGCAGAAAAAGGGGAAGGAGAAAGGAAGAGGCGUUGAAGUGGGGGAGGAAGGAGAGAUUGGGGAGGAAGAGAAGAAGAAGGGUAAGGAGAAGGGGAAGGAUAAGAGGGAGGAGAAGAGGGAGGGGGGUGAACAAAAGAAAGAGAGGAGGAAAGAAAAGGAUGGGGAUCGGAAGGAGAAGAAGGACGAAAAGAGGAAGGAAGGAAAGGACAAGGAUGAGAAGAAGGAAGGGAAGGUGAAGGACGAGAAGAAAGAAGAGAAGGGGAAGGAUGAGACAGGAGAUGUGAGCCGAGAGGAAGAGAGGACUGAGAAGAGGGAGAAGAGAGAAGGAGAUGAAGAGGAGAGGAAGAAAGAGAGGCGAAAGAGGGAUGAAAAGGACGAGGAAAGGCGAAAGGAGAGGAAGAGAGAGAGGAGGGAAGAAAGGAGAGCGGAGGAGAAAGGAGAGGGGAAGAGGAAGGAGAGGAAGACCGAGGAGGGGCAGGAUGUGAAAUCGAAAGAGAGAAAAGAGAAGAAGGAGAAGAGGGAGAAGGAAGAGAAGAGACAGAAGGAAGAGAAGAGAGAGAAGGAUGAGAAGAGAGAGAAGGAAGAGAAGAUAGAGAAGGAAGAGAAGAGGGAGAAGGAAGAGAAGAGAGAGAAGAGCAGCGAGCAGCCUCUGUUGAGCCCUGGGCAUUCGGCAAAAGGAUCGGAGCUGAAAUUGAAGGGCUUUAAGAGCCCUGAGCACUGUGUGAUGAGCCCGGAUCAAGGAGCAAAGCCCUUAGACGAUGCUCUGAGAAGACCUGACGGACUGAAUCUUUGUGAGGAUUUGAAAAGUCCAGAGUGUUCGAAGAGCCCUGGUGAGUUAGAGAGUCCAGAGGAGAAAAAGACUCCUGGCGAUGUGAAGCGCCCUGGCGAAUUACAGAGUCCCGUGGGGAAGAAGAGUCCUUGCAAUUUAAAAAGUCCAGGGGAGAAAAAGUUUUCUGGCGACUUACAGAGUCCUGGAGGAGUGAAGAGUCCUGCGGGUUUAAAGAGCCCUGAGGAGGCGAAGAGUCGUGGGGAGGAGAAGAGUCGUGGGGAAGGAGUUAGGAGCCCUGUUGUGGGAUCGCGGAAGGCAGAACAGCUGGCGGAAAGUGGAGAUCCAGUUAGAGAAAGUCUUGAUAUGUCUAUGAAUAUGGACGGUUGCUCUAAAGGAAGCCCGGGUCUGUCUAUAGCGAGUAUGGCCAGUCCUGGGGUGAAUAGUGUGGAGGAGGGAGAGAGGAGGAGGAGUUUGGAAGGACGGGGAGAGGAGGAGAGAGGGGGGAAGGAGGGGAAGAAGGAGGGGAGGGAUGAGAAGGAUGAGGCUAGGAGGAGGGAGGAGAGGAAGGAGAGGAAGAGGAAGGAGAAGAGGGAGAGGAGGGAGGCGAGGAAGGGGGAAGGGAGGGAGGAGAAUAAGGGGAAGGGGAAAGGGGGUGAUGAUGAGAAAGGAAAUAGGGAAGAGGAAAGAGAAGAAGUGAGAGAUGAAAAGAACGUGGGGAAGAAGGAGGGGUUGAAGGAUAGUGACCAACAUAAGGAGGCGGAUGGACAAGUGAAGGAGGAGAGAAGGGAGGGAGUGAGAGGAGAGGAGCAACAAGGGACGGUGGAGAGCAGGGUGGAGAAAGCAGAGGGGAAAGGAGGGAUGGUGGAGGGGAAGGAGGAGAAUAAAGAGGCGAAGGAGAAAGUAGAGGAGAAAUCAGAGGAGAAAGGAUGGAUGGCUGAAAGCAGGGAGGAGAAAGAAGAGGCUAAGGGAGUGGGGAAAGGAAACGAGAAGGCAGAGCAGAAAGCUGGGGCAGUGGGAGGGAAUGCAAAGGGAAACGCAGUGGUUUCAGCGGCGGCGAAAGCAGAGGAGAAUGUAAAGGAGAAAGGAGAGGAGGAGAAAGCAGAGAAGGAAAAGGGAAAGGAGGAGAAAGGAGAGGAGGAGAAAGCAGAGAAGGAAAAGGGAAAGGAGGAGAAAGCAAAGCAGGAAGCGCCAGAAGCAGUGGCUCAGCUGAACGAGACGAAGUGCAGCUGUGGGGUGCGUGGGGAGGAGGGCAAGGGGAUGCGUGAACAGGAAGGCGAGGUGACUCGUGAGUCGACACGAGAGGAAAAGGGGAAGCUUGGAAAGGAUGGGGAUGGUCAGAAACACGGUCAAGCUGAAUUGAAGGAAGGAGAUCCUACGGCAUGGGGGAAGGAGAUAACAGUGCCGAAAUUAGGGGUUGGGGAUGGGCAGAGACAGGAGCGUGCUGAACCUAAUGAGGAGAGCAAGGAGAGAGAGGAUGUUCAGAAGGAGGUGAAGGGAGCAGCGGGCUUGGGUGGUGAGGGGCAGGAGUUGAGAGCUGUGCGCGUGCUUUUAAAGGGCGGUGAUUUAGACAAAGGGAUGAAGGGGGCGGUCGAUGUGACUGCAGCAGGAGAGAGAGGGCAGCCGAUUGGAAAGGACUCAACCGCAAACAUCCCUUUCCCAGGGAUUUCUCCCCUUCCGUCAUCUCUUCCCUCUCCCUCUCCUCCCUCCUCCUCCCACCCUCCCACGUCCCACCCUCCUUCUUCCAACCUUCCCAAACCCGAACCUCCUUUCCUCCAUUCCUCCAUCUCUCACUCCACCGCACCUGCCCCUGACCUCCCAUCCGAACCUAAUGUCGAGUCUCCUGAAAGAAACUUCAUCCCUCACUCUGCCACACCUGUGCCAGACCUCUCCUCCGAGCCUAUUUCCAAAGCACCUAAGAAACCCUCCAUCUCUCACUCCACUGCUCCUGACCUCUCCUCCGAACCUAUUUCCGAGGCUCCCCAAAAGCCCCCCAUCCCUCACUCAGCCGAUCCUGUUCUCGACCUCUCCCUACGUCCUCCUCCAUUCCUAGAGUCUCCGCCCCUCCCCAUUAAAUCGACACAAGAGUCGACACAAGAGUUGAAACACAAGUGUCCUCUGGAUGCUCAGGGCCUUCUUUCCGAAUCGACUCGAGGGACUCCCCGCCUGGCGUCUCAGGGCUUGCCUUUCAACUUGACCCAAGAGACCCCCGGCCCCCGCCCGGCGUUUCACGGUUUGCGUUUUGGGUCGACUCAAGAAGCUUCCUGCCUGAAAUCGCAGGUUUCCCCUCUUCGCUCAACUCAGGAACCUUCUCGGAAGGAGCUGGCGCUAAGUGACAUGCCUCCCCCGGCGCUGCUGCCGCGCCUGGACUCCUCGAGUCAGGAACCUUCUGGGAAGGAGCUAGCAUUGCCACGUGACAUGCCUCCCCCGGUGCUGCCGCCGCGUGUGCGUGUGUCGAUCACUCUCACACUGGAGGAGGUGGAGGAGGAUUUCAGGGCGAUCACGGGGCAACCCCCGCCCCAGCUGCCAAUGAAAAAACGAAGGAAACUGGAGGCGGCAAACGGGUGGGUAGGGGUAGCCCCCCCAGGCAUGGACGAGCUCCUGCCUCUCGCAGCAGAACCUUCUGAACCUUCUGAGAAGCUCGCUCUCCCAGGCAGCAGCAACAGCCGCAUGCAGCAGCCGCGCACGGACCCGUCAGUGCCUUUUAAUCGACCUUUCGAUUCGAAACUGGAAGGUCCGAGUGGAGAGUUUGAGGAGAGAAAGGUUGACGGUUUUGGUAGGAGCUUUGAGGAGAGAAAUGGCAGAAAGGAGGGAGAGGAGGUGGGGGAAGGAGAGAGGGGGAGGGCGAGUGCGGGAGGAGAGGGGAAGAAGGAGAAGGGGAUGGAAGGAGAGGGGGUUGGGAAAAGGGACAAGGAGGGGAAGAAGAAAAAGAAGAAGAGGCAUGAGAAGGAUCGAGAAGGGAGAGGGGGGGAGAAAGGGGAGGAGCGAAGGGAGGGGAAGGGAGAGGGUAAGGUGGAAGGGAGGAAGGAAGAGAAGGGGGAGAGCAAGAGAGAAGGGAGGCAUGAAGGGGAGGAGAGGAGGGAAAAGAAGCUGAAGAAGCAUGGGAGGGUGGAGGGAGGGGAGGAGAGGAGGGAAGGUAGAUUGGAAGAGCAGGAAGAAGGCAGGUUGAGAAUUUCUGCAGGAGCAGCAGGAGCAGAAACAGGAGGAGAAGGAGGGGCGGGAGGCAGAGAUGCUGGUUUGGCAGGAGCCGAUCAGGAGGCACACGAGAUGGAAAGAAGAAGAGGGGAGGAGAGAGGGGAGAAGGACAGAGAGAGGGAAAGGGACAGAACGGAGAGGGAGAGAGAGAGGGAGAAGGUUAAGCACAAGGGGAGAGAUAAGGAGAGGGAAAGGGAGAGAGAAAAGGAGGAGGAGGAGGAGGAGAGAGAAAGGGAGAAGGAGAAGAAGAGGCGGCUUGUGGAUGUGGAUCGAACGGUACUUGCUGCUUUGGGAGCAGAGAAGCAAGCAGAGGAGCAGAGAGAGAAGGAGGGAGAGGACGAGGCGGAGGAGAAGGAGGAGGAGGAGGAAGAGGGGGAGAGACGAGAGGCAAUUGCUGAGGGACGGAUGGAGGAAGAGAGGAGAGAGGGGGCAGGCGAGCAGGGGAAUGGAGAGGCUAGGGGGGGGGAGAGGGAGAGGGAAGGCAGAGAACUGAAGGGUGGGAGAGGGGAGAGGGAGAGGGGAAGGAGAGGGAAGGAGCGGGUGGAGGGAGGUUCGGGAGAAGGCUCGGACGAAGACUCAGAGGAGGAUUUCCCUGGGGAUUACCGGGAGGGAGCAACGGGAUCAGGGGCAUUUGCAAAUUCUUCCCCUUCUACUACUACCGCAGCAGCUGAGUGUGCAGGGAGAGGAGCAGGGGGAGCAGGGGUAGCAGCAGCGGGAGGACCAGCAGGAGGAACACCAGGGUCAGUGCCCAAGAGACGAAGAAGCUCCCGAAUAGCAGAGAGGGUAGAAAAGCGAACGUGGCGAUCCAUGGAUCUAGGCUGGGUCGCUGGUGCUGCUGCUGCUGCUGCUGCUGCAGCAGCUGCUGCCGCCUCUGCUGCCGGUUCGGCUGGUGGUGGUGCUGGUGGGGGGCAUAAUGCGAGUUCUAGGGGGGGGAGGAAAGCUGCAGGGGUGGGUGUGCCGGCUUUCAGGCAUCCGGGCGUGCCUGGGGUGAUGGUUAUGAUCCCACCGGCAGAAAUCGUAUCGGAUUUUGUACAGAUCACGGGGAAUCCGCCGCCGCCGCCCAAAAAGGGUUACCGCUACUGGCGGAACUUCAUCCCUUUUCAGUGCUUGGACGGCCUUCCCAAGGGCCAUGACUGGGCUAAGGGAUACCCCUGGCCCCUCAUUCCGAAGACUUGA